CCCAAAACGACGUCGUUUUGGGGGGCUGCUGGGAACGGCCGCCGAGAAGGGCGGCUGAGGAUCCGGAUUCGCCAAACCAGUGGUGGUCAAAACUAUUUAGUAGUUUUGGCUUUUUUCAUGCUCUGUUUGAAUGGACAGCAUGUUGAUUGAAUGGGCAACCAGUUGGUAAAAAAAUCCGUGUUAUUGUUUCCGUCAAACAAUACAAAUAUUUAUAUUUUUACAGAUGUCUUGCAUCUCAUUAUCGAAGAAUCCCAAUACGUGUAAUAUGUUCUCUGAAUAAUUUGAACCAAUGAAAUAGUGGCGAAUUCUCUUCAAAACCCAUAAAAUUUGCCGUGGGAUUAUAGUGUGAGACUUAUCAGUUGGGUGCAACAAUAACUAAUAGGUGCACAAGAAGUAGGUUAAACAUUUAUAAAAAAUUAAUAUAUAUUAAAAGUAAGUUGCAAUUAAAAUUUUAAAACUAACUAAUGAGAUCAUUUGACUCAAUUAGUACUACCUGGCGCCGAAAGUAGGGAUAAUAAUUUGCCCAGCUUCAGUCCUAAUCCUGUAUCCCUCGUGCCAUCCCAUGGCCAACAAAAAAAUGGAAAUGGGGCAGAAUUUACUUCCCUCCCCCAACCCAAAUUUAGGAGCUCAACCCAAUGUUAAAUUGCAACGUGAUAAGAAAAUUAAUCAAUUGCAAACAAAUUAAUCAAUAUUCUCAAAGUCCUAUGUGUUGCACGCCACCCAAUCGUAUUUUAUUACUAAGGUUGUUUUCCAAGGCCUUUUGAUAUGGUCGUUUACGUAUUUGCCUCAGCCUCUUUACUAUAAACUUUCUUGUACUUUCGGGUCAUCAGGGAGACAACAACAAUAUGUUGACUAUAUCACCUUACGUCUAUGAAUAAUGUCAGAUUGUUUCAAUGGCCUGAAAAAGAAAGGUCAAGUUUCUAGAAAGGACAAAGCCGCCAUAAUUGAUCAACUCUUGUGAAACAAUUCAAACAUGAAACGUAGGUUGAAGUUAUGUCUACAAGCACCAUAAGGGCUCACAUUUCUUUCAAAUUUGUAGUGAGGGAUGAGUUAUAAACUCCGAACUUAUUGACUUUUGAGUUCAACUUUUAUUAGUUUCUCUUGUAUUUAACCGAUACCUAUGAUUUGUAGUUAAUUACAAAUAUUUGAAUAUCCGAAAUUUACUUUGUAGGAUUGAGUGCCCUAGGGAAUAUUCCACCCCUGAUGAAAAAUCAUCAAAGACCAACUGUCAUAAGGUCACGUUUCACAUAAAAGCUUCCAUCGAUCACCUUGCUUCUGGUGGUGGUGACAGCCUCUUGGGAGUUUCCUCAGGAGCUUUCUUGUGCUGUUUCAGAUCACCAAAUAGGAAACAGCAAACAUGGGCAGGAAACUGGAUGCUCUGCUCGGAAGAAACUCAAAGACAAGUAAAUUGAAGGGCCUGGCUAACCUGGCUAUCGCUCGAAUUAACAUACUUAAGAACCAGCGCCACGCCCGGUGCACCCACGCUCGGUCUGAUGUUGUCCAGCUACUCAACCUUGGUCACCAAGACCGUGCUCUCCUUCGUGUUGAGCAAGUGAUCAAGGAGCAGAACAUGUUGGACGUGUUUGGUAUGAUAGAAAACUACUGCCAUCUCUUGACACAGAGGAUCACGCUUGUUCAAAACAACAGGGAAUGCCCAGACGAGCUCAGCGAGGCCAUAUUGAGCUUGAUCUUUGCCGCUUCAAGAUGCGGAGAAUUCCCAGAGCUCCAAGAGAUUAGAGGAAUCUUCACCUCAAGAUACGGGAAAGAAUUUGUCGCUCGUGCUCUCGAAUUAAGAAACAACUGCAGAGUUAAUCCUAAGAUGAUCCAGAAGCUUUCAACGACACAAGCAAGCUUGGAAAGCAGACAACAAUUGCUGAAACAAAUUGCUUCUGACAACGGAAUCAGUCUACAGCUUGUGGACGAUGUUUAUGUGACUGCUGGGGAGAAACAAGAAAUCAAUCAACAAGAAAAGCAGCUUCAACCUAAUAAAGUGUCUAACUUGAAUGAUCCUGAGUUUGGUGUUCACGAUCGUGAUUCUUCUGAAGUGAUGACACAGAAUGAGAAAUUCUCUGAAUCAACGAAAGUUAGGAAGAAGUAUAGAGAUGUGGCUGAAGCAGCCCAGGAGGCUUUUGAAUCUGCCGCUUAUGCGGCGGCAGCUGCAAGAGCUGCAGUUGAACUAUCUAGAUCUGAAUCAUGGGAUGAAGACCCUGAUGACCAUAAUGAUUCCAAUCAUGUUCGUUCGAAUCGUACGAUUCACGAUUCGAUACGAUUUGCAACAAAAACAAUUUGAAUCGUGUUGUUGAAUCAAAAAUUGAGUGAAACGUGAGAUUCAAUUUGCGAUUCACUACGGUUCAAUUCUAUUUUUGUUUUUGCUUACAUAAUGCAUGAAACGACGUCAUUUUCACUAAACUAGCAAGAUAUAUAAAAGAGAUCAAUUGGUUGU